AUGCUGCUGUGUGGUGUUUUGUGUACAGUGUUAUCAGUUUCUUUCGGUGCAAUCGUGCAAAUCGUAAUAUUUCUCCUGCAGAACUCGAACAUCUUGAGAGUGCAAGCUUCCCUACCACCGGGAGCUGAGGACGAAAUUAUUCUAAUCGAACACCUGCCAGGACGUCGAGUUCAUCUUCAGGACUUCUUUUGGACCGAUGUUAAAGAUGCGCCACUAUGGGUAGACCCGAAUCAAGGCCUGACGUUUUAUGAAACCAGAACGGUUCAUCAUACUGUAACACUGUAUUCACCUGUCGAUGAUAAAGACAACCACGAGCCAAUAUUUCCUCAUGGUACUGAUUCUAAUGAUCCAAAAUGUACUACAUGCAUCGAACCCACGCCUAGAUUAGACGAUGAUGCGGAUCAAAAUAUUGGCGUUCUUGUUGGAGAAGAUCCUGGACCAAGGUACUGGUUGCUAACAGUUCUUCGUGCAGGUGAAGCUAUACCCCCUAAAAUUGAAUUAAAAUUAGCUCGCCUAUAUCGAACAGCAUUUUCGAGGCAGCAACAACAUCAUCUUGGUCUUUUACCAACAGACUUACGAUUUCAAAGAAUUGCCAGGGAACGAGCACUUGUUAAAAGCAAGCCAGAGAUCACCAAUCAAGAAAAAAUAUUUGAGAAUUCGGCAAAAUCAUCGGCUAAAUUAGGGGUUGAAACGAAUUCGGAAUCUCAAGUUUCUACAAUACUAAAACCUGUAAAAAUGCUUCAACUAUCAAAGUUUAGGAAUACUCUUCUUCCAACAUCUGAUAUCAAUGAUAUUAAAAGUCACAAUGAACGUACUCACAUGGACGAUUUUCAAUUAAAAAAAUUGAAUGUUAUUGAAGAACAGGAAGAAUCAUCUAGUCAAAAUAUAUCUACUACAACAGCAGUAAUGGAUUUUAAUGAAACUACCACAGAUUAUACGAGCCAACAAUACUUGCAUGAUGAUGUAUCCAUUAAUUUAUCUUCUGCAGUGCAUAAUUUUCAGAAUCUCUCAGACAAUUAUCCAACACCACAAAAACAAGUAUUAAGUGAUAUCGAUGCAGAAAAUAUAAAUACGAACAAACGUUUAGAAUUACGCUUACUGGAUCCUUCCAAAGAGGAGAUUAUUCAAGUUAAAAUGCAAAAUACAAGUGUGAUGGAAGGUGGUGCCACGAAGUUGAUUUACUCUGUUCACCUCGGUGGAAAACCUGUACCUGCUGAAACAGCUGCCAGGGAUAUGGCUCUCUUGUCACCUCAGGAAGUCGCAUUGGAACUUGGUGCACCAGUUCUUAUUCAAAGUGAACCUUACUUGAAAGAAACACGACCAUUGGCGCUUUCAAGAAAAAGAGAUGCGUGGCUACUAAUAGGUGCAGCAAGUGCUGGUUUUAUUCUAUUAGCAUUGGUGCUUGCAGGAUUAAUUCUUGCAGCAAAAAGGAAAAGAGCACACAGUGCAGUAGCUGCACCACCAAACCAGAAUAUUUUAAAAAAGAAGCGGGAGUAUAUACAAGCAAAUGCUAGCCUUGAUAACGCCUUUUCAACAUCAGAAAUGGAAAUCAAGACUGACGGUACCAGUCAGAGACAUACUCCUGGCAGUUUAUCGAGGACUCCGGUCUCUCUUGAAACUCCCGAUAGUCUCGAGGCAGGAAUUUAUGAGGUUUCGAGCAACAACGACGAAGAGCAGGAAAGAAAAGCUCAAGAAUCUAAUUCAUGGGAACAUCCUUCAAACAAAUCGAGAUUGGUGCAUGAAAGAAUAUUCCAAACAAAUGCUAUCGAUACACCUGGAACAUCUGAUUCGGCGGACGUAAUUGUCGACCAUUUAGAAACAUUAAAUUCUUUAGAAAAUAAUUACACGAGACACGAAGAAGAAGCUACGGCUUCACCGCAUUCUUACCUUUCUAUGCCAUCUUGCAAGCAAUUUCCUAGCUUGAAGAGUGUUCAACCACUUUCUAAAGUGCUGGAACCAGUUAUGGUCAAACAUUUGGAUAUAGAUUCUCCAGAAUUGGUAAGGCGGGAGCACGAUCACACGAGUGCCUACAGAGGUGAUGAUAAAUUUUUUGCACGAACGUCGAGUGCUACCAAAGAUCCUGGAGUAGUAGGCCCUAUAGUUUGGAAUCUUCGGAAGCAAAAUUUAUGCAUCGAAGGUAAUGAAACACCAGGAACAGAUAUUGAUCCAACUUAUGCAGUACCAUCUGUACCUGUGGGUAGAGCAAGAAGAAGACUUCAUGAACUCCUUGAAGAUUCAUUUAGUCUUUUUGGAAGUAGAGAUCUAAAAUCUGAAAUUCAGUGUACAACACGACCAACUUCUGCAACGAAUGCACAAGAUGUUCUCACGAUAUUUUCGGAAACUAAAGGAAGAUCAGCUUAUACUAGUCCCAUGUCGUCACCAUCAACGGAAACAAAGGCACAAUUUCGUACAUUAUUGCAAGGAAAACAUAUAGAGGGAAGAAUGGCAGAAAAUGCACAUUCUUUAUUAUCUCAACCUUGUAGUGGUUGGAGCUCGAGACCAUUAAGCGCUGGUCCAUUUCAUAGACCUAAUCUGCCAGAUGUAGACACAAGACGUAUUCUUACAGAUUGUCAACUUCCACUAGAAGAUCCAGCAGUACCAUUAAUAGCUUCAAUUAAGAAGGAACUUGAAAAAUUUUAUCCGCAAUAAAUGAUAAAAUUUAACGUUGUUAAGUAACAACAGUAACAACCGAAAUAUAAUUAAUUCUAGAUCAAAAACAAGG